AUGAAUCAUCCUCCCGUGGUGAUAGCCGACUUCCGCCCGUUCUACUGGCAAAUUGCCAUCAUUGCUUCUCACGAUGUUUGCGAGCAAAUUACCAAGUCCUCCAAAACUUUCCCUUACAGCGUUCCAAAGUCACCUACCAUGGGAGAAUUACUGCCGCUCAUCGGCGAACGAUCCUUGCUUAUCGCUGAGGAUGACACAUGGAAAGCUUUGCGCCGGACCUACAAUCAAGGAUUCGCGCCCACACAUCUUGCAACUCUUCUGCCACGUAUAGUCGAAAAGACAAAGCUCUUUCUCCAUCGCCUCGAUGAGCUUGCCAAGUCCGGGACAUCUUCCCCAAUGGAUAAUCUCUGCAUCGACUUGACCUUCGAUAUCAUUGGCGCCGUUGUCAUGGACGUCGACCUCAACGCCCAACUGAACACCUCCGAGCAAAGCGCCCUCGUCCGCUAUUACCGUCAGCUCAUCAGCACCUACACCGACCAAUCCGGGCUGAUAGGGAUCCCCACCAACCCAUUCCUGACCCGUCGGCGCAAGAAGCUCACCAAGCUCAUCGACGACGAGCUAAAAGCCAUCAUCACCUCCCAGCACGCCGAAGUCAUCGCCGCCAAAGACGCAGACGCCGAACCCUCCAACAACAACAGGAAGAACCGCCCCCGCUCUGUCCUCGCCCUAAGCCUCCAAGCCGACUACGCCUCGCCCACAACCUCGUCGUCGUCCCUCUCCGCGCUCGCGCUCCAAACCACCGCCGACACGCUCAAGACGUUCCUCUUCGCCGGCCACGACACCACCAGCGUCCUCCUCCAAUGGGCCUUCUACGAGCUCUCCCGCACCCCGCGCGCCCUCGCCUCCCUCCGCGCCGAGCUCGCGUCCGUCUUCGGCCCCGCCGCGACGUCCGGCGACAUCGCCGACGCGCUCGCCGCCCCCGCCGGCGACGACGCCCUCAAGAAGCUCGCCUACACCUCCGCCGUCAUCAAGGAGACGCUGCGCCUCUACCCGCCCGCCGGCUCCGCCCGCCGCGCCCCGCCCGGCGCCGGCCUGACGGUCACCGUGCCGGACGACGACGGCGAGACGACCAAGAGCGUCUGUCUCGACGGCUUCGUCCUGUACAGCUGCCACUUCCUCGUGCAGCGCGACCCGGCCGUGUACGGGCCCGACGCCGACGAGUGGGUGCCCGAGCGCUGGCUGGGCGACGUCGACACGUCGCGCGUCGACGAGAUCCCGGAGAGCGGUGGCACCCCAUCGAAGACGACGACGAACAAAGUGCCGCCGGGGGCGUGGAGGCCGUUUGAGCGCGGCCCGCGCAACUGCAUCGGGCAGGAGCUGGCGAACCUGGAGGCCCGCGUGAUCCUGGCGGUGGCGGCGCGGCGGUACGACUUCGUCAAGGUGGGGGCGGGCGAGGUGCGCAAGGACGCGGAUGGGAGGCCGGUGCUGGAUGACGUGAAGGGGCGGUAUGAGGUCGUGAGCCCCAUGUUCAACACGCGACAGGUCACUGCGAAGCCGUUUGAUGGGAUGGUUAUGUCGGUCAAGUUUCAUGAACAGCAAGCAUAA